AUGCUCACGCGGGUGAAGUCCGCCGUGGCCAAUUUCAUGGGCGGCAUCAUGGCUGGCAGCGCGGGCGCCGAGCACGGCGGCGGCGCGGACCUGCCGCUGCGCUUCCCCUACGGGAGACCCGAGUUCCUGGGACUGUCCCCGGACGAGGUCGAGUGCUCCGCCGACCACAUCGCCCGCCCCAUCCUCAUCCUCAGCAAGGAGACGCGGCGCCUGCCCUGGACCACGGGCUACGCGGAAGUAAUAAAUGCUGGGAAGAGCACACACAAUGAAGAUCAAGCCAGCUGUGAAGUCCUCUUUGUCAAGAAGAAAACUGGAGGCCCUAAUUCUACACCAAACAAGAACUCAAAACGGAGAUCAUCACUCCCAAAUGGAGAAGGUCUCCAGCUGAAAGACAAUUCGGACUCAGAUGGGAUCAACCUGUACUACUGGUCCCUGUUUGAUGGACAUGCUGGGUCAGGCGCAGCUGUGGUCGCUUCCAAACUGCUGCAGCACCACAUCCUGGAGCAGCUGCAGGAGAUUGUGGACAUCCUGAGGAACACGGCUGUUCUCCCACCCACCUGCCUGGGAGAGGAACCUGACAACACAUCCACCAGCAGCAGGACGCUGACACGGGCAGCCUCCCUGCGGGGUGGUGUGGGGGCCCCGGGCUCACCCAGCACCCCCCCGACACGCUUCUUCACUGAGAAGAAGAUCCCACAUGAGUGCCUGGUUAUUGGGGCUAUAGAAAGUGCAUUCAAGGAAAUGGAUUUGCAAAUAGAACGAGAGAGGACCGUGUAUAAUAUUUCUGGUGGCUGCACAGCCCUUGUGGUUGUGUAUUUAUUGGGGAAGCUUUACGUGGCAAAUGCUGGUGAUAGCAGGGCUAUAAUCAUCCGAAACGGUGAAGUCAUUCCAAUGUCUUCAGAAUUCACUCCAGAGACCGAACGCCAGAGACUUCAGUAUCUGGCUUACAUGCAGCCCCACUUGCUGGGAAAUGAGUUCACACAUUUAGAGUUUCCACGGAGGGUGCAGCGCAAGGAAGUUGGAAAGAGGAUGCUCUACCGUGACUUCAACAUGACUGGCUGGGCAUACAAAACCAUUGAGGAAGAUGACUUGAAGUUUCCCCUUAUCUAUGGAGAAGGCAAGAAGGCUCGGGUUAUGGCAACAAUUGGCGUGACUCGAGGACUGGGAGACCACGACCUGAAGGUUCACGACUCCAAUAUCUACAUCAAACCUUUCCUAUCCUCAUCUCCUGAGGUAAGAGUCUACGACCUACUGCAGUAUGAGCAUGGGCCGGACGAUGUUCUGAUCCUAGCUACAGAUGGACUCUGGGAUGUGCUGUUAAAUGAAGAAGUGGCAGAAGCUGUCACUAACUUCCUGCCAAACUGUGACCCUGAUGAUCCCCACAGGUACACGCUGGCGGCGCAGGACCUGGUGAUGCGAGCCCGGGGAGUGCUGAAGGACCGGGGCUGGCGAAUAUCCAACGACAGGCUGGGCUCUGGAGACGACAUUUCUGUCUACGUCAUUCCUUUAAUACACGGGAACAAGCAGUCGUGAAAGUAGCUUCGAGAGUGGUUAUGGAAAGGGGAUCUUUUGGGGAAGGACCUGUAAGAGACGAUGUGUUUUGGAUGAUCUGACCAGGACGUCUCCAAUUGAUGUAGUCUAUUCAUAGCUAAUGCUGGAGGGGUACUUUUCUGCCUGAAAGACAGGGCUCUGCACAUAGACUAUGUAUGAUUACAGAUAACCCUUAAGAUUACAACUCCCCUGUAGUAAAGGUUUUGGUGCUUAAUGGGAAUGAGAUCAAAAUGCUGCUAGCAUAUUGUGGAUUCUGUCAUCCCUCCAGGUGAAGACCUGAAGUAAGAAUUAUUUUUUUUCAGUUUGCCAUGUAGCUUGGAAGAGCCAUUUCAGUUGUGAAAGUAGAAGUGAGUAUCAGAAGCCAAGGAGGCUCCUGAAGUCUAACCCGAAAUAUUCAGAGCAGUGACUUGGAUCACAUCUCAUUUAAAAAUACUUUUAUACAUAUAAAUGAGACUCAAGAGUUUUCUUCUUUCAAAAAGUUGCUUUCAUGACUUGCCUAUGGACAACUGCAAACUGAUGUAAUCCUUUGCAUCGCCAUUUCUUCCCUCUGGUCUCUUCUUCAGUAGAUUAUAUUCCUGUAUUUUAGUAGGAAAACUGAAAUUGUUUUUCGUGUGACUAUGCCUGUUUACUGCAGCUAGAACAGCCACCUACAAAAUUGUCCAGGAGAAAUAGGUCACAGUCCUGUAUUACGAGAUCUGUUCAGGUAUGAAGAAUAAUUUUCAAGACUCCCUGUUGUGUGUAUACCAGAGCGAGGAAGCUUGCAUUAUGUGAUGUUCACCUGGAGGUUCUGGUUCCUUUGGGAUCAGAGAUUUUCAUUCUUUGAAUGGUUCUGUCUGCCUUGUCCUGUUGGAAGGAUCCCUGAACACACUGAACCUCAACUGAGGAAAAGUUCUACAUUUAUUUGAGCUCCUGAGUGUAUUUUCAGCUGGAUUUCUACUUGAAGUGAUGGCAUUGUUCUGGUUACUGGCUAAGAUACUCAGGUGGUGAUCUAUUUAAGAAUGAUUUCACUUCUGGGUUCAGCAUACCUUUGCCUGCUUGACUUGGUGACGAGAAGGUGACAGUUAAUAACUUCACAUCCUCUUGGUUGUUGAGGACUCUGGCUGAGGAUCAGAUGAUCACUGUGAUAGUUAUGGCUAGCUUCAUCAGCUUUUUCUUAGCAGUGCUAAGUCAGUUUAAAUAAAGGAAAUCCAAGGACAUUGUCAUAGUACAAGCAAUAGUCCAAGAGAGUAACUACUGAGCAAAUCCGCAGCUUGACUUGGCUGCCUGUUCUGUGGGCAGAUGGCUCUUCACUUUACUGGCGGCAAUUAAAAAUUAAAUCAAUCCAAAGGUUCUCAUUUACAGGAGGUGUGUCAGCCGGGAAGUUAGAUUCAGCCUCUGUUGUCCCAGACCUCAUUCUUUUGGAGCUGCUAAUCUGACUUGUACAUAAAAGCUACUUCUUGGAUAGCCAGAAGACAGGGAGCUGGGCUAACUGUGGAGCAAUGAUUAGGCAUCUCAAAGGUGUUUUAUCCUUUCUAAAGGAGAAACUGCCGGCUCUAAGAGCAGGAUACUGUGUCCUUGGUGUUCCUGGAGAUGUGCACUCCUGAACAAGAGUGGCCUAGAGCUUGCCAGUUCUGUAAUUUAUAACGUGCUUUAUAAACAAAGUACAGUGCUGUUUGGCAUAGCAGCCCAGAUGCUUUAUUUGAUUGCAUCCAAAGUACGUGUGCAACAUUCUCAGUGGAUUUAAAAUGUCCUUUCUCUAAUUUCUAGACCCAGUAGGUGUUUCAGAUUGAGAUGAGCCAAUGCAGAGUGUAUAAUGGCUCAGACAUGUGUCCAACUGAGUGAUUUUAGUCUGAGAACUGUUCCAUGCGUUCCCCAGUGCCUGCGUGUGAUAAAGCAGUGCAGGACACUGGUGUUUUAUGUUCUAGAGCUCCAGUAUCAGUCAUAUAUCUGAUUAGGUGUUGCCAUGCUUUAUCUGUUUGCUCCUUUUUGCUUUUCCCCCUUUCCUUCCUCUUCUUUGUGCACGUGGGUGAAGAGGUUUGCAGGUUUGAAGUCUAGAGUAUUUUUCACAUGGUCCUACAUAUGUUUCAAAGUCCAACCAAGAGAUCUUUUUGUGCUCUUUUUUUCUUGCUUUUUUUUUUUUAAUUAUUACUAUUGUUUUGCCUAAUAAACUUGUCAACAUGC